AUGCAGAAGCGAAGUCCCCCUCCCGUCUCCCAGAAGCGCGGUAGCCGCCUCGCUUGCGUUGAGUCAAGCCGCUCCUUGGCAGUUGUCGUUGAAGCUCCGGAGGAAAAAUGUCGGCCCCUGUUGAUUCAGAAAAUGGGAAUUGUCAGGGAAGCCUUUGGCUUCCAGACUGCAAUUGUUCUUACAUCAAGUGCUGCAAAAUGUGAUGUAGUGAUUGAAAUAAAUUAAAAUGAAGAAAUUCUCUCAUGAAAACAAAUAUUGCUUAAAAUUGUGAGAAUGGAAAGAAGAAAUUAUUGAUGCCAUAUUCCAGUGCCAUGUAUUGUGAUCACAUAUUUACUGUACAGUAAAUCAGAAAAUUCAGAAUGUGAUGACUUGAAGAAUUGAAGUCUUAUCAUUUAUCUUGUUUCCUUUACUUCAUUUUAACCCCUCACUGGAGAAAUUAUAACUUUCAGAACGUCAUGCUUACAUUGAAAUAUAAACAGUUUUUAUUCAUUUCUCUUAAAAAUGCAUACAUCUGUAGACAUCCUAUUAUAGUCACCUGUAUAACAGAAUUUACAUGCAAUUGUGCCUCUAUAUGUUCUCAAAUUACAUAUUUUCAUAGAAUGGAAUAUUGAACAAACUUCUUGUCUUUGAUGUACUGAAAGUAUUCAAUAAAUUGGUACAGAAAUUGGCUGGA